AGCCGCGUAGGAGGCGUGGUCGUGAGUUAGGGUUGGCUCGAGACGUGAUGGCGGACUGGACCCGGGGUCAGAGUGCUGAUGUGGUGGAAGAGAUUCUGGACCAGGAAAACAAGAGGAUGUCUGACAGCUUGGCCUCCAAGGUCACCAGGCUCAAAUCGCUGGCCCUGGACAUCGAUAGGGAUGCAGAGGACCAAAACCGGUACCUGGAUGGGAUGGAUUCGGAUUUCACCAGCAUGACCAGCCUGCUUACAGGGAGCGUGAAGCGCUUCUCCACCAUGGCAAGGUCUGGGCGAGACAACCGGAAGCUUCUGUGUGGUGUGGCUGUGGGCCUAAUCGUGGCCUUCUUCAUUCUCUCCUACCUUUUGUCAAGGGCAAGGACGUGAGCCAGUGGGAACUGACUUUUGUGGGUGCCAAGGGCAGCCUGGGUCUUCCCUGCCUGUUGUCCUGGGCUCCGGAGGACUUACAACGUAUAAGAUACUCUUUUGAAAUUACAGUCUUGGGUUAGGAAUCUUCUUCCUAUGUGGCGGGAGGCUGUGGCUGCCUCUGAUUGUUGAGCUCAUGUUGGCUUGUCCCACAUAUAGAAGGGACCCUUUCCCUCGGGGAAACCAAGGCCCAGCCCCCAUCCCAUCCCCAGGUGCUAGAGAUAUCAGCAGAGUUGGAGCCACAGUAUGCCAGGAGGAGCUAGGAUUGAGCAGCUAUUGAAUCUUGAACGUGGUCACCUGUGGCCAGCAACUUUUCUCCCACUUCUUGGAGCACUGACAUCUCAAGGUCCCUCUGGGACGUCCUUAUCUGAGUGAGGCCGUGUCUGUGAUCUGAGGUGUGUGGAGCUGACACAGGAAGGGGCUAUGGCUGCAAACCCCAAGAGAAUGCCAUCUCUUCCAAGGACGUUGGUCCUGGAGAUGGCAGUUACUUCUGGCUGAGCUUGCCAAGGACAGGUGUACCAAUGUGAGCUAAGAGGUCCUGCUGUGAGUCCUCUGUGCUUGCCCUCCAGUUGUGCAGAUGAAGCCAGAGCCCUGGGAAGGAUGAAGCUUGUGGAUGAAGGCAUGGACAUAGCCUUGGCUUUAACUAUUGGUCCUGGAUCCUUCUGGGUCAUCUGGCUGUAUAUCCAGGAGCAGAAACUUAGUUUCUCAGGUUUCAGGAUCCACCCAGUACUAACGAUGGGUUUCCAGAAGAAUAGACCUAGGAAUGGGCCUGCAUUUCAGAAUCAGGCAGAACGUGUGUUGAGGGGCGGGGGGGCUUCUGUGGUUCCAGAUAGCAGCUUCCUGGGGAGGACCCAUAGGCUGCCUGCUAAGAAUUAUUGCCAUAUCAGUACCUCUUGCUCUUCUACCAGGCCUAGCCAGUCUCCCUGGCUGUGAUGGAGCCCCAUGUACCCUCUUUGUCUCUAGUGUCUACAUACUGCCCUCCCCACCCACCUCUUCCUGUGUCUUCACUGCCCACUGGUCCCAGUCCAUGUUCACACAAACCAAACCACUGGGCUUGCAGAGCAGCAACUUAUUCCCACCUCAAGGAGAGGUUCUAGUGCCCUUGCCUUGGCAUAAAAACACCUUUAAAGAAGAAGCUGAGUGGCCCUGUACCAUUCUCUGUCCUUGUUCCCAUCUUCUACCUCCUGAUCACUCCCUUUCAGCUGUCUGCCCACCUGUGUAACUACAUUAUAUGUCUUGACCAUGCAGAACUGCCUCUGAGCUCUGGGCUGAGCACAGAUGAGCCACAUCCUGGCCUCUCUGCCUUGCAGUCCUACCUUGCUCUGACCUGCAGUUCUGGGCACCCUUGCCUCCCUCCACCCUUUCGCACAACAGGACCAGCCUUCCUGUACACGCUUAACAUAGCCUCCUUCCUCAUCACCUGGCUUUCUGCCAUACUGGAUGAGCCCCUCAGGCUCCUGGAGGAGGAGGAUCCAUAUGCUUUCUCCUCUUCCCAGUGCGUGUGGGCAUUGUACCCUCAAAGGUGGCUCUCCUGCCUCUAGAUCUCGGGAACUAAACCCUCUUAGCCAUGCUAGUCUGGCUUCUAAGUUGCCUUCUCCUUGGAUGUCCCUUUACCUGUCAUUCCUGGCAUCCUAGUGUCUUUGUGUCAUGGUUUGGCUUAGCCUUUGGCUUAUAAGGCCUGGUCCCCUCAAUACCAAGCUUAGUGGCAGCUGCCUCCAUCUUGUCCUCAUAGGGUCACUGUAGAUGGCACCUCCAUACCCCAGUACCAUGUUCCCCUGCUGUCUUCUCCUGGGCCAUGCAUGGCUGACCUAUACUUCCCAAAAAGCUGACCUGUGAGAACCAAAGGAGGGCCCCAGGCCCCUUUUGCUGCACCAGCACCCACUCACCUUGCUGAUGCAGACUUAGCGUUUAGACUGCUGCUGGGGGCGCCUUUGCUGCAGAAGUGCUUUCCCAUCUUGGAGAUGUUACGUUGUCCCCUCUGUCUGCACAGUUGUUUACAGUUCUCCAAGGUACUUUGGGGUCUGAGUUAUGGUUCCUUACUAGUUUGCUUUUCUAUUCCUCCUUUCAUUGUGUCAGAUCUAACUCUAUGGACAAGUGGGGUUUGCUGACUUGACCUCUGACACCAGUAAAGCACAAAGGGGCCUUGGGAGCCCAGUGGAAGGGCUGGGGUUGCCCACUCUGCUAGGUCAGGAGAGACUGCCAGGCUCUGUUUCAUAAUUCAAGAACAAGAUAUAUUAACAGUAAAAAGUGGAAUAAACACAGCUUCAUGAAGAAGUAAA